AUGGCGGGCCCGUCGUGGCUACUCCUGCUCUGUCUCGCCGGCGGCGUGCUUCAUGCCGGUGGCCAGAGAGCGCCCGACACCACGGGUUUCGUCAGCGUCGACUGCGGCCUCUCGGAGCACAGCGGCUACGUGGACGACGCCACCAAGCUGCCCUACAGCUCGGACGCCGGCCAGAACUACAACGUCUCGGCACAGUACAACGACCAGGCGUUCCUCAGACGGCACCGGCAGCUCCUCACCGUCCGCUACAGGCCGCCUCCAUCCUUGCUAGAUCUACGGCCAAGCACCACCUCCGCCUUCAUCCCUCGAGCAGCAGGCUCACCGCGCCGGAGCAGCAACACCGCCAGCUCUGCAUCGAUCCGGUCCAACCGGAGCAGCACCACCGCCAUCCUCGUUCUUCCUCCAAGGCAUCACCGCACCGGACCAGCACCGAGGCCAUCAUCAAGCCGGAGCAGCACCGAGGCCAUCACCGCGCCCUCCUUCUGUCUCACCAAGAUGAGUUCACCAGUGGAUAGUUUCUCGGCGCCGGGAGUGGAAAGCUCAGCUGUGCAUGGAACUCAACAUGACAAGUCAUCCACUCCACAAGGUACAGAUGGCAUCGAGGCUGAGACGACCCAAGGAGGUUGAUGAUCAAUCCAUCCUAACUGAAGCCUGAAACAUGAUUGUAUGAUGUUGCUGCUGCUGCUUGGUUGCGACGAGAAGGCGGACGACCCGGCGUGCUACACUGCUACCUGUUGUUAUUUACAUUUAUCCAUGGCUGCUACACUACUACUUCCUACUGCUAGCUUGUUGGCACACAACUACUCAACCUGAACCUUGUAUUUGUGCUGCUGCUGAACUUUGUAUUUCUGCUGCUAUUUGUGCACCUGAACCUUGUAUC